UCCCUUCCCAUUCUUCCCACUUCUGGCGGUUCUCCUCCUGGCUGACAACUCCAAACCAUGGCAUCACCUCCCCCUCGUGUACGCCUGACACACCUCCCCCUAGCAAACCCUUGCCUGCUCCAGUUUGUCAGUCUCAGCAAGGCUCCUGUACUGUGCUCAUCAUCAGUCAGGCAGGAUGUGUAGAUUCUAGAACGUGUGGUGGUUGAAGGAGUGACUUACCGCGAAGGAAGAAAGAGGAAGACACGUCGAUUCGUAUAGGGUUAAAGGAGGCAUUGUUAGUAGUGUCCGCCUCGGUACCAGUCUUUACCUGGACUGUACGCCACCGGAUUUUCGGGGAUCUCUGUGCUAAAACUAGUUUCUCCUUUGAAACGCAUUAGGGUUAGCUCGGUUGGGGUCUCAUCAGCAUCAGCAUCGGCAUCGGCUUGAGCAUCGGCAUAAGCAUCAUGAGGUUACGCGGCGUGCAUCAGUCGCUGCUGCUGCUGCUCGUCUGCGCGUUAGCAGCGCAGUUUGUGAAGCUCACAGAUUCACGGGUGCUGUCAAGGGCCGAGAUUGACAGAAUCCAAGCGGUGAAGGCCGUCGUAGACGGCAAGGCGCGCGUGCUCGUGGGGGAGCGGUGGUCGCGCGCCUUCGGCCACCGGCGCGUGGCGCAGGAAGUGAAAUUCGGCCAGACGCCCUCCGCCGCGCCUGAGGGUCCGGUGGUCGCGGCAGCGUCGGAUGCGCGCAAGUCCAUCGGCCUUCUGGGCAUCGGCCCCUACUUCAAGGACGCCGCUCAAGGCGCUAGCGCCGAUACCGCCGCUGAUGGCGGCGUUGGAGCCGGGCCGUUCGUGGCGGCGGGGAAUGACGCGAGCGUCGUCAACGCGCUGGCGAAUGGCGCGAUGGACAGCAGCAGUGGGCCGGCGUCCUCAUCCUCAUCAUCAUCGGCGCCCGUGUUCAAGUCCAAGGGCUGGAAGCUCCCCUACACCGACCAGCCCAUCGACUUCGCCCCGAAGCCCGUCUCGUACCACGGCGGCGCAGUGCUCUCAGACCCCAUCACCGUCUACCUCAUCUGGCACGGCACGUGGCCUGAGGAGCGCAAGGCGCCCGUGCGCGCGUUCGUGCAGUCGCUGUCGGACGCGGGGCUGGCCAACGAGCCGGGGAGCGUGCGCGACUGGUGGAACGCCAACCGGCUGUACCACGCGGGGCGGGAGCAUGUCACUGGGAGCGUCACUCUCGGGACCCCUGAGGUGGAGAUAGAUGCGGCACCCAGCAGCGAGGGGCAGCCGCCCGCCAGCAAGAACGAGAUCAACGCCAUCAUCAACUUCCAGAUCCGCUCUCGCACUCUCCCCCGCCACGACUCAGCCGUCUACGCUGUCUUUACUUCUGAAGACGUUGACAUGGCUGGCUUCGGCUCCUCCUUCUGCGCCUUCCAUGACGUCAGCACGGUGCACUUCACCUGGACAGGCAUGCCGUCCAGGUUCAUCCCCCAGUGCACGCACGCAGCUUCCCCAGGUAACGCCUACCCCAAUGGGGACCGGGCCUUAGACGGGCUCAUUGCCAAUUUCGCCCAUGUGCUUGCCGCAGCUGCGGCAAACCCGAACCUGCUGUCCUGGUUCGACAAGGAGGGUCGGGAGGCCAUGGGCCUGUGCGGGAACAACUGGGGCACGGAGUAUGCGAGCAAGGAUGCCCCGCCGGUGCAGUACAAUGCGGUGGGGAGGGGUGGAGAGCGGUUCUUGCUGCCCACGAAUCUCAACCCAAUCACUGGCCGCUGCAUCAACGGUCUCUCGGUCAUGCAGGGUCAGUGUGGCCCUAAAUUCUUCGGCUUCCCUUGCGACUCUGUCACCGCUUCCGAGGCUGACACCGAACCUCCUGCCGAACCUGCUGCAGGCUUGGGAGCCGCGGCAGCCAGUGUGGUAGGGGGAGAGGCAGAAAAAGCUGCGGUGGGGGGGGAUGGGGAUGCGCGAACGGUGAAGGACUCGAGAGUGGCGGAGGCGGAGGCGGCAGGGCUGGAUCUGUCGGUGGGGGGAAAGGCCGUGGGGCGAUUCCUGGCGCCGGGGCAAUUUGACCCCGCUAAGGGGGACAGGGGGGAGGAUGAGGGGAGCGCGGGGCAGGUUGGGGGGAACGCAGACGAUUCGGGUGCAGGGUCCAAUGUGUUUGAGAGCACAGGGUAUGCUGAUGGCGGUGAUAAGGAGGGUGCUACUGACAAGGAGGGUGCUGCCGGUGCUGCCGGUGCUGCUAACCCGUUCGAUGUGGAAGGGGCAGGGGAUGACGGCGCGGAUGGGGGAGUGGGCGCGGAGGAAGCGGUGGGGGCAGAGGAGGGUGCGGGCGCAGAUGCUGGUGCAGGAGCGGAAGAGAAGGGCGGAAAGGAGAAGGUUGGCGGUAAUGAUGACGUUUUCCAGAGCACUGGAUACCCGGAUACUGAUGGGGAUGGGAAGGAGGACGAGCAGGAGGGCGGGGGCAGUGACGGUGGGAGAGUGGGGGCAAGUGGUGCGACUCAGCCAGAGGAGGUGAAUCCGUUUGUGCACCACGCGGCUGCAGCCAGUGAUGCUGGUGCAGGCAACUGGGGCGGUGGUGACAGCAAUGUGUUUGAGAGGAGCGAGUACCCUGAGAGCGAGCAGGGCGGGGAUGGUAGCCAGCAGGGUGAGGAGAGCAGGGGGGAUGAGGAGAGCGGAGAGAGCGAGCAAGGUGAGGAGGGGGGCAAGGACAACAGUGGGGCGAGUGAGGAGAGUGGGGAGGGUGAGGAGAGUGGGGAGGCAGAUGGCGAGAGUGGGGAGGUGGCGGAGGGCGAUAUGGACGAGGACGACAGUGCAGACAGCUCCAACGUCUUCCAGAGCACGGGGUACCCUGAUGAUUCGCCCGCCAAUGCAGACCCAUCAAUAGGGGCUGGGCCGGCCCUCUUUCCCGGCAGCGGCAAGGCGCCGACUGAUGUGUUUGGUGACCUGGGGGAUGGGGACAGUGAUGGCGAGGGAGAGGGGGGCAGUGAGGGCGGGGAGGUGAGUGCGGGGAAGGAGGAGAGCAGCCGGGGGGGUGCCAGCAAUGUUGGGGCUUUAAGUCUGGGUCAGGGGGGCUUUGAGGCUGGCGCAUCGGGGGGCUUUGAGUUUGACCUGUCGCAGUUCAAACUGGGGGAGAGGGAGAGCCCUGGGGCCCCGCACUUCUUCCCUGGCGAUGCCUCCGCCUCCACCUACGCUUCUGCCUCUGCCUCUGCUUCUGCCUCACGGAUGGAGCAAGUGGGUAGGCCUCUGGAGCAGGGUGGUGGGGAGGAGGCUGGUGGUGAGGAGGAGGUUGGUGCAGCGAGGGCUGAGGGGGGGCAGCAGCUGGACAAGAGGGAGCAGUGGGUGUUUUCUGGUGUUUAGGGUGGCUUGAGUAUUGAGGGUAAUCCACCACUGGCGGCUGUAGCUGCUACUACUGUUCCUUGUGAUGGCGAUUGUGGCAUCAGCUAGAUGCUGCUGCUCGUCGCAGGUAUAUAAGUUAUACCUUAUUUCUUUCAUUCAAUACAAUUUCAGCUGGCUUAUAUUGGUACAAAUGGUUCUAUGCUUCAU